AUGACUAAGGAGUUUGAGAUGACUGAUAUUGGGCUCAUGACAUACUAUCUAGGUAUCAAAGUGAACCAAAGGGAAGAUGAAAUCUUUAUUUUACAAAAAAGUUAUACAAGAGAGAUAUUAAAGAAGUUUAAGAUGGAUAACAGUAUGCCCAUAAAUACUCUAGUAGAAUGUGGAGUCAAGAUACCAAAGUACGAUGAAGGAGACAAAGUUGAUCCAACAUUUUUCAAGAGCUUGGUUGGAAAUUUACGAUGCUUGACGUGCACAAAUCCUGAUAUCCUUUAUACUGUUGAACUUGUUAGCCGCUACAUGGAAGCUCCAACUACCACCCACCUUAAGAUCGCUAAAAGAAUUUUGCGUUAUAUCAAAGGUACGACAAAUUUUGGAUUGCUUUAUUCAACAUCCAACUAUUUCAAACUUGAAGGAUAUAGCGACAGUAAUUAG